AUGACCACCGAGCCCUUGGGAGAGGCCAAAGCCAACAACAGGCCUGCACAUGAUCUUUCUGAGGCUGCCUUGAACAACCAUGCCAGCGAAAACUCUACAGACUUACCUGGAGAGUCUGAGACUCCAGGUAUCCUGCCUGAUGAUGGCCUGCCAUUAGACUUGACUGCAAAACUCAGUGAAGAGGAGGAUGUGGACCGGGCCUCGGUGGCAGCGACCAUUGCCACAGAGCAGGAUGAUGACGAUCCGGUCUCCGAUCCGACUGCCGCCUUCAUGGGCCAGGAUGACGACCAGGCCAUCUCCAUAGAGCAGGAUGUAGAGCCUGUCAGCCCCAUGCCUACUCCUCGGGACAGGGAGGAAAGCCCAGAUGCUCCACGCCGUCCCCAGGAGAGCCCUGAAGAGGAAGAGAUCACAUCUCUGCUGUCCCAAGACCCAGGUAUGCUGCAGAUGUUCGUGGGCUUCCAGAACCCGGUGUGGGAUAGGCUGGCUGAGAAUAACCGUGCAAGCUGGAGCCGCACAGUUUCCCCAAGUGACUCACAGAGCCAGGAAAAGACACCAGGAAAGCCAGAGAUGGCUACAAAUGCUGAAGCCCCACCUGUCCUGCCUGACAGCGUCCAGACUUCUACGGAAGAUCCUGACCCACCCACUUUGGAUAUCAGUGGUCCUGACCAACAGCCCACGAGUAGCACCAAGUCCGUCGAACAGGAAGCUGAAGGUCUCGAGGCCUUGAACCCUGAGAGCAAAGAUAUAUCCCCAGAGCAGACUGACUCAAGGAUCCCUCAGACCCCACUUUCCCCAGGCUCCCCAGCAGGCAGUGUGCCUCCAUCUCCGGAACCUAGCCAGGAGGCCCUGGGCAGGAGCAGACUGGAUCCCAGUCUGUACAGGCCUAAUGUGGAAAAUGACUACAUGCGCUCCAUGACCAGCCUGCUGGGUGGUGGAGAGGGCUCCAUCAGCUCCCUUACAGACAUCCUGGUGUGGUCAGACACAGCCAGAGGCAUGGGGAUGGCUUUAGGCUUCCUGACCUUGGGGCGCAGCUCUCCAGCUGAGAGGCUACAAGAUGAGGGUCCCAGCCUUCGCACUGUCUCCAGCCUCUUGGGCCAUGCCAGGUCAGCUUUCUCUUCUGGGCUGGCAGCUGGAACUGGCUCGGCCCUACGCUCUGUCUCACACUUGCUGGAGUCUGUGGAGAGAAGGACCGUGGAAGGCAUCCGCUCAACUGUGCGCUACCUGGCCAAUCACUUGACCCAGCGCUGGGCCCGAACUAGCCCCAGCAGUGACUAG